AUGGGCAAGUCCCACGACAAUCCGGCUGAAAUCCGCAAUACGCCCUCCCCCUGCCCUAGAGAUCUAAGCGCCUUGGUCUCUCAGCUGCCGCUACAAGCUGCCUACUGUCUCCGUACGUCUGGCGGCCGUGAUUCGUGGCUUUACGCCGCUGAUGGAGACGUCCGUGCCAUGAAUCCUUCGACGUUUUCACUGGCGGGGGCCCACACGCGGGAUCCAAGUAGGCGAGACGAGCCUCAUACCAUUCCUGUCGCACUGUUCACCCUCGACCCUGGGGGCAAGAACCUUAUUUUCAUCGUGAAUUUGGCCAUGUUUAUGCAAUGA